AUAAAUGGGUACCCGGCGAAUUUAAUGCUGGGGGUAACCCUGCGAUGGAUCAGAAUCCCAUCCAGGGGGAGUAGAAUUGGCUAUAAAUUGCUAGUCCCAACAGAAGACGACCAAAGAGUGAUGUGAAGCCGUUCAUUCGCUAUUUUUGUUUUGACUGUGAAUAUAAUUCGCCAAUUUACCAAAGCAAACAAACAAAUCUCCCCAGAAUGGGACAUUAAUGAAUCGAAUAUUAUUCUUUGCACAGCUUUGAAAAAUUAUACGGGAUUAGAAUGUAGAUUGCGUAUUAAUAAAGAUUGGAGUGAAAGUAAAGCUUUAUUAUCGCUGCCUUUAUAGAGGGCCUUUUGCCCUUGAUAGAACUUCGUUUAUUUUAUAUUGCAGAAAGGCCCACUCACUUAAAUUGUAAAAUCUCUUUACAUGCAAAUGAAACAUUCAAACAGGCUGAUAGGACAACGGCAGGCGGCUUUCCGAGAGGAGGACACUAAAACAAACUCCAGUACCGGAACACAAUAUUAGCGACCAGUUUCUUGAAUUUUCCAUUCACCAGGCUUGUUUACCAGACCUUUACCAGAGCCUGGUCCCUACCCUGAGCAGUGACGUCAGCGAUUAUGUCACAACACCCGCCUUAGGCUUCGCGCUUGUAAACCUGGUAACUAGCGACUGGACCUUGGCUAAUGAAAUUUCAAAGUUGUGACGUGUGGUCAAGAUUCCGCUGCCGGUCAAAAUAUUUUUAACCUGAUUUGGAGUUGUCUAGUUAAGCUAAUAAAAAUUAAUUUAAUGUGCACGUUGCACGAUCUUAAACUGAAUCGAAAAUUUUCGUUUGUCAAUAUGAAUAAAGGGCCGUUGGUCACUUUUUACUGGUCGAUAAACUUCAGUUAGCGAGUUUCAUUCGCUUUCUAGUUAGGUUACAACGAGUUCAAUCAUUUGCACGGAGCUGAUUCACGGAGUAAACAAGACACCUGCACAACCUGUUGCUAUUGUUUGUUCAGACAUUCCAAGGCAAAGGAAAUUAAGUUUCCUUUUAAUUUUAAUCGUGAAAAGACUAACGGAUGGAACAAGAAGAAAGAAAAAGUACGCCUUGAAAUUAAAUCCAAAUGGGCUGAGAAAGAGGAUUUGGGGCGACGCGAGAAAGAAUGAAAUUGUUUUGACUUCGAUUAUGUGCUGAAAAAUGUUUCAACCGUGGUCUUUAAAUGAACGUCAGCGGUAGAAUACCGCGCGGGACAAGGUAGAGAACGAUGACAGUUAUUGCUGAGGACAGCUACGUCCUGAAACAACAACGAAGUCACAAUUCUUCAACCCAAGGACAUUUUAGAGCCGUUUUAAUCUCUAGUAGUCUAAGCUGUCUUAUAACAGUUCUGAUCAUUUCGUUUUUAUUACGAAACACCGCGUUUGUAAACAUUUACAUCCCGAAUUCACAUUCAACUGAAAAUAAUGAUAAACAUUAUCAGGAGCGACGCUCAUAUUCGAAGAACGUCGAGCUAGUGAUGUUGCCGUUUGCUGUCAAACAAGGCGCAGUCUGUCUGGAUGGUUCCCCCCCGGGUUAUUACUUCAGACAAGGACAUGGGACGGGCAAUGACAACUGGAUUAUUCACUUCUUUGGUGGAGCUUGGUGCUUCGAUGAAGAGUCUUGUCUUCAACGGAGUAAAACUCGCCUAGGAUCAAGCAAUUUCUUUCCACCGCACCCUCCAACCCUGCAAGGAAUCCUUUCGGAAGACGACAAAGUAAACCCGGAUUUUUACAAUUGGAAUUUAGUGCUGCUGUGUUACUGUGAUGGAGCUUCAUUUACUGGUUAUCGACCAGACCCUGUGAAUGUAAACGGACAGUACAUCUACAUGCGAGGCAAAAAAAUCCUCGAGGUGAUCAUAGAUCAGCUACUUCAGAGCGAAUUCCGACAUGCUAAUCGCCUGCUUCUCAGCGGAACGUCGGCUGGUAGUUUAGCAGUAAUGAUGAACGCCGACUUCAUCCGAAAUCGUAUUCCUAAAUCGAUAGAUGUUCGUGCAUUGGCUGACUCGGGAUACUUCGUAGACGUGGCAGCUUUCAGUGGAGAUCCUAUUAUUAACAGGCAUUUUCAGAAGAUGUUUGAUGUACACAACUCUGUUAGCGGCGUCGACGAAGACUGUGCUAGAGGCUUGCGACCCUCGUUUCGAUGGAAAUGUUUAUUUCCUCAACAUGCUUUCAAUUAUGUAGACACGCCUCUUUUCGUGCUGCAAUCAGCUUAUGACGAGUGGCAGCUGAUUCACAUUCGUGGAAUUAACUGCCAGGUCCCUGAAUACAGCGACAAUUUCACAUUGAAACGAAGUCUGUUUCGUAGAUCAACGAAAGACGCAAGCUCUCCAAGUAAACCAAGCCCUGAUCGUAACUGGAACUACAAGCAUAUCCACGGCAUUUAUUGCAGGCCGCCAGAAUGCACGCGCCGUGAAAUGUCGGUAAUUAUGCAAUACAGAAAUGUGAGUUUGUACGCCUUGCGUCCUGUGAUGCAGUCAGCUAAUUCAGGAUUGUUUUUAAGCUCGUGUUUAGAGCAUUCCCAGAGUUUGUACGAUGACACUUGGAAUGGAAUCUUUGUGAAUGGUUUCAGCGUAGCCGAGGCUGUUGGAAAUUGGAUGUUUGAGCGGACAACACAACACCAACAUAUUGACUGCGCAUUCCCUUGUAAUCCUUCGUGUGCGAACGUGUGGUGAUGCCUUGCCAAAACCAUAACUCCACCACUAACCGAGGUGCUAGUAACGCUUUUACUGGAAGUACAAAUUUUCAAUAAUGUAACUCUCUUGUCGUCAAAUUAUGUACUUCGUUUCAACACGAAAGGCAGAAGUGUUGUAUACAGGAAAAAAACUCCUUCACUUUGCGGGUGGCUUGAGUAACUUGCACAUACCAACACGAUGAAACAUUUUUUUAAUCCCCAAGUUACCCACUCAGUCCCUUUGUUUUUGUUUGUUUUUUUGUUUUUUUUAUGAUUAUUAUUACUCUUGCUACUUCUGCAAAUUACUUGUAAUAGCAAGCACAUCUUGGGUUUAGGAAUAAAUGAUGAUGCUUUUUAAACUGGUUAAGGGAAAUCGAAAGCGACUCGUUCAAGUUCGUGCUCCCUUAAUGGUUACUGACCCACAUGGCUAGUUAGUGUUG